UUACCAAAACAAAAAAAUUCGGCGGCUUGACAAGCGAUCUUAUUGUAAUUCCCGGAAAUAUAGUGUACAAAAAUCAGUUUAAGAUGUUUCUGCUCGAUUCUUAGCAUCCUGCAAUUUUGAUUUCGCUGGCGGAAAAAAGUCAAAAACAUUAAAAGCGUGGAAAUACGAUUGGGGAAUAGGUAUCCCCGACUAAUUUGUAAAAACUUUAAUUGAAGAUCUCUUUACUAUCGUAGAAAUGGCUGUUCAAUGUCGUCUGUGUGCCUUGUUUUUCUUCCAACUGAAACCCACGAUCAUAUUCAACCGCGGCAUCCUCGCCAAGAUUAAAGAUCUCACCGGAUUAUGGUUACAAGAGGAAGAGCACCUGCCCCGUCACAUUUGCCCAUCUUGCCUGAAUGAAUUAAGUAUAUUCACUGAUUUGAGGCAACGCAUUCAACGGAACCACAAUAUACUGAACCUCAGAAGGGAGGUCGACAGUGCUCAAGAUCUGGAAUCUCAAAUGUCAAGUUCGGAGUCAGAAGGGGAUUCCUCGUGUGUCCUUACAGAAUCAGAGCAAUCCUAUGACAUUCAAAGUAUAAACGACCUCAUAGAUUGGAAACUAUAUAGUUUGGAAAAACCAGAAUCUCCAGAUUUUGACCAUCUCCACAAAUAUGAUUCAAAUGAGAGUGAUCAAGAGUCAGAGGACUGUGAUGUUUGGUCUAACUUACAUAAGUUAGAAAGCACAGAUCCAUACAAAUCAGUAGAUCCUAACUUUUGUGUAGCCGAAGUUCAAUAUCAAAAUACGAAGUCAUUUGAAAGUGAUGAAGAAUCUGAGGACUAUGAAAAAUGGCAGCCAUAUAAUUGUGCUGAUCAAGACACUCAAAAACUAUCUGUUCCAAUAGGAUUUCCAAAAAAUGGUCAAGAACUAUCAAAUGCAAAAGGUACAAAGCCUUUAGUUGAGAUUUCUUCGGCAGCAAGCAAAAAUGUUAUUCGCAAAGCUGAUUUAAAAGACCCUAAAGGGGAAUUUAUCCACAUUAAAACAAAUCUUACCAUUAAGAAGGCAAUCCCUGCUCUAUUGAAACCGGAAGACGGGGCUGUUGAAAAUAUUCCGAAGGUCAAAAGAAGAAGGGCCUGCAAAGCUCUAUCCCUGGACUGCACAGAGUGUGGAAAGUCCUUUAAGACCACAUACAACUUAAAGAUGCAUAUGGUGCGCCACACUGGCCAGAAGGAUUUUGCUUGCUCUUUCUGCGAAAGGCAAUUCGUCUCAAAACAUCUGAAGAAACUGCACGAACGAGUCCGCCACUUGGGAGAGCAGCCCUUUAAGUGCAAAUUCUGCCCAGAUACGUUCUUUACCAGUACGGCUAAGAACCGACACGAGAGAAUAAGACACAUUAGGGACCGUAGCUACAAAUGCGAUGAGUGCAACAGCAAAUUCAAUACCAAAACCUGCUUAAACAAGCACAAGUUCCUGCAUACCGGACAGAAACCUUAUUGCUGUAAUAUAUGCAAUAUUAACUUUGCCGAAAGGCAAAAAUUAAAGAGUCAUAUUCAAACACAGAACCACCAGAAGAGGGCAACAGCCAUCCUGGAUGCAAAGCAGUGCUGGGACUCCGAUGAAGUAAACAUCGCCGUGGACUCAAUCUUUACUGAAACAAAAAAAGCAUUUACUUAAAAUUGAAUAUAUUAGUGCUUAAACACGACUUGGAUGAAUUGAUGCAGGGAACAUAUAUUAGAUAAAGAUAUAAGGAAGAUCUAUAUAGUCGCUAAAGUUUUUCUUUUGUUUUGGCACUGGAUUGCCUUUUAUAAAGUUCAUGUAAACACGUAUACCUUAUAUUUGACUAACAACAUUUUGACAUUUUUAAAUUCUUUUGUUUAACUUUUUUUAUGUACCAUGAACAUUUCAUUAUUGGUAUGGAAUUGUCC